AUGGCUACCGAGACCGUAAAAGUCGUCCCCUUGACGUGCCAUGGCCACUCGCGGCCCAUCACCCACAUCAGCUUCUCGUCCGUCAUUGACGAUGACUACUUCCUUAUUUCCGCCUGCAAGGACAACAACCCCAUGCUGCGCAACGGCGUGACUGGCGACUGGAUAGGCACUUUUCUGGGUCACAAGGGCGCCGUUUGGUCGGCGCGCCUCUCGUCGGACGCAACCCUUGCUGCCACCGGCUCCGCAGACUUCUCGGCCAAGGUGUGGGACACGCAAACUGGUGAAGCCCUGCACACGCUCGAGCACGAGCACAUCGUCCGCGCCGUCGCCUUCCCGAACCAGCCCCACCCGCAAAUACUCGCCACCGGCACCGUUGGCAAGAAGCUCCGCAUCUUCGACCUUUCCAGGAGCACCAGCGCAACCUCGUCGCCGACCGAGGCCAACGGCGCGUCGUCGGCAAGCUUCGAGAUCGGCUCCGGGGUGCAUCAGGGCUCGAUCAAAUCCAUCGUCUGGGCAAAUGACCCCAACAUCAUCAUCACGGCGUCGGAAGAUAAGAAGAUAAGGUGGUGGGACCUGCGGACACAGUCAACAAUUGGCGAGUACGCUGUUGACGGAACUUUCGGAAGCUGUGAGCUGGAUAACAUCGGCUCCGAUGGUAGCCAGGGAGGCGGCAUCCUGAGUGUUGCCGCAGGCAAGACGGCGUACUUCUUUGACGGAAGGCAGCCUGCGACGCUGGUCAAGAGCGUAACAACAAAAUAUGACUUGGCGAGUGUGGCGCUCCACAGCGCACAGGAGAAGUUCGUCGCCGGCAGCAGCGGCGACACGUGGGUGCAUGUCUUCGACCUCAGCACUGGCGAGGAACUUGAAAUUGGCAAGGGCCACCAUGGUCCGGUCUGGACGACCAUGUUUUCGCCCGAUGGAAAGCUGUAUGCAACGGGCAGCGAGGACGGCACAAUCAAGUUGUGGAAGUUCACAACCGGCCCCUACGGUCUCUGGAGGUAG